GCCCACCUUUCUGCAAAUCCUGAAAAUCGCGUCGCUAUUGCGGACGUCACAAGUUUCUAGCUACACGCACCUCUUCAGCCAUGCCUGAGCCCUACCAACACUUCAACUUCCUUGGAAUACCUCGCGAGAUCCGAGAUGCAGUCUAUGAAUAUACACUUUGUUCUUUCAGCCAGCGCCGUGGCCCGUAUGAUAUUACACAGUGUGCAGGCCUGUGCUCACGGACAGAUGUGCAACUGUGCCAUUUCACUGGGAACCUCAACCUCUUGCUUGCGAAUAAACAAAUCCACAAUGAAGGCUACAAGAUUAUGUCGGAGAAAAAUCUGUUUGUUGUUGUUCAAAUCCACGACUCCGUGAACGAAUGCUCAAUGAUACACGGCCAUUUACCGCCAGCAUUUGUUCUGUAUUCCGCUUACCACAAUGAACGAGAGCAGAUGCGUUCGGAAUCAUACCCGUGGCACACCAUGCGUAUAAGACUAGACAGCAAAAAUAAUAUGACAGGAGAUAUGGCGAUGAAUGGCGAGUAUACCGAGAUUGUCAUGUUAUUGGAAGACUGUAUGAAUAUACUCCAGAGAUUUGGACUUCGCGUUACCGAUGAAAAGCUGCCUGACCCAAAUGGAAGAUUGCUUGCUAUGCGACUACCAAUAAAGGUAGUGGUGGAGCUCAAUCCCAAGAGGGGAGGGUACGACAGGGAGACCAGCUACAUGAAUCUACGGAACUCCCACUCAGCCAUCGACCAGAAGAAGCUUCUGAAGUGUAUAGGAAACACUUUUCGCGCUUACGACAAUUUUGAGAUUAAAAAUUGCGAUGAAGAAGCACUAGCUGCAGAAGUUGUCCAGCAAGUAUCCAAGGAUCCGUCUAUCAGUCUCGCUUUAUUCCAAGCUCACAUCGAAAGACAUGCUAGCAAUUCCGAAACCUCUUGGAAUCAGGGAAAUAUCGUGGAAUGCGCCAACUUCUGUACCGAUGGGCUUGAGCUAGUCCACCGUGUUCGAUUCAGCGCUCCACUCGUGUACCAGCUGUGUGACGAUGGUUUACAGAAUUGUUUCCAGACGAGCCAGUUGAUUCACAGACUAUACUACCUCCUAGCACGGUGCACCUUUGCCCAUCUCUCCACGCUAGUCGAUAAGCGUAUUGAGGAAGACAACUAUCAGUACAUCGGCGAUACUGCCCAUGCUCUUUUCGACUUGCUCAAAACUCACAGAAAACGUGUUCACGGUUUCUUAUCACAUUACGAUCCUCCCAUUCACGAGGAAGCCGAAAUUAGUUACAUGAAAGCGAAAGCCCUGCGUGUAGAAUGGGAGUUUCAUUCGAUGGCACCAUGGGGCGAAAUGCUCAGAUGUAUUGAGGAAGCUAAAAGGUUGCAGCCAGGCAAUCCUAUCUAUGAGGAAGAAGAGAGAAAAGCAAAAAAAUGGAUUGAAGAUAACGCGAGAUAUAAAGCUUGCGAUACGAGAAUGAACCAGAUGACGUAUACUGUAGCUCUAAUUCAAUCUAUUCAAAGAGAUGAGUACGAUAUCGCAAGAAGUGAAGGUUGGUAUCAAAGGUCGAUGAGCAAGUACGCGUUGGCCAGACUAUAA